AUGUGUCACGAUGAACAGGGACACUUCGGUUUAGAAAAAACGCUAAGAAAAAGUCAAAGAGAAUUACUGGUUCAAGGGAAUGCGAAGGAAUAUGGGAUAAAACAUGUACUAAACGCCACAGCCACGCCUCGAGCAAAUGGGCAGGUAGAGAGGGUAAAUUCGACAGUGGUAAGUGCCCUCGCAGCUUCCGGCGCGGGAGCGGAGGAAGACGACUGGGACCUUUUUGCGAAAAAGGUUCAGAGCGGAAUUAAUAAUACUCCAAACAGGACCACUCGACAAUGUCCAUCUCAAUUGCUAUAUGGGUUCAAGCCAAGGAGCACUGCAGGUGCGUCUUUGUUGGCCGCUACACAGGACACAUUGGAUGCUGUUGAUUUGACUGAACUUCGACGUAGAGCAGGGGUGACUACUGAUGAUGAGCAAGAGCGCCAGAAAGCCAAAUUUGACUCUAAAAGGUUUAAAGCUCCCAGGUAUGCGGUGCACGACAUUGUUAUGGUUACUACAGAACAACCUGCGACUGGGACAGGUGGGGAGCUGUUAGCCAAAGCAAAGGGACCAUUCGAGGUUGCGGCUUUUUUGCCAAACAAUCGAUGCGAAGUCGAGGACCUGAGGGAAAUGAAGAAGGGAAGGGGAAGGUGA